CUUGGACGCAGUAUCCAGUUCUUAUUAUACCGCAGUGCCUUUGUCCAAGAAGCCCAUAUACAACAGAGGAAACCCUGUGCAGUGCAAGCAGCCAUCUUGGAUAGACAGCCAAGGCAGAUACUUCAAGCAGGAUAACCUACAGAUCACUUCUGAGCAGCUCAAGACAUAAAACCGACAAUUCCCGAGCCACGAUGGCCACCGCACCGUACAACUACUCCUACAUUUUCAAAUACAUCAUCAUCGGGGACAUGGGGGUAGGGAAGUCGUGUUUGCUUCAUCAGUUCACAGAGAAGAAAUUCAUGGCGGACUGCCCCCACACGAUCGGCGUGGAGUUUGGUACGAGGAUAAUCGAGGUGAGCGGCCAGAAGAUCAAGCUGCAGAUCUGGGACACGGCGGGCCAGGAGCGCUUCAGGGCCGUCACACGUAGUUACUACAGGGGGGCCGCGGGCGCACUCAUGGUCUACGACAUCACCAGGAGAAGCACAUACAACCACCUCAGCAGCUGGCUGACUGACGCCAGAAACCUCACCAACCCCAAUACUGUGAUCAUUCUUAUAGGUAACAAAGCAGACCUGGAAGCCCAGAGGGACGUCACGUAUGAGGAGGCCAAGCAGUUUGCUGAGGAGAACGGUCUCUUAUUCCUGGAAGCCAGCGCCAAAACGGGUGAGAAUGUGGAGGAUGCCUUUCUGGAGGCGGCUAAGAAGAUCUACCAGAACAUCCAGGAUGGCAGUCUGGACCUGAACGCUGCAGAGUCAGGUGUCCAACACAAGCCUUCCGCCCCCCAGGGAGGCCCACUAUCCAACGAACCACAGCCCCAGAGGGAAGGCUGCGGCUGCUAAUGACCAAUGCCUCUCUCUCUCUGUCCUUCUCCACCCCCCCUCUCUCUUUCCUCAUCCUCCAUCAUCCCCUCCCCACUCCACUGGGACUGCAUGAGUGUGGGACACGGAUGGAGGGAGGGAACAAGGGAUGGGUUGGCUGGUCUGGGUUCUGUAGUAGUGUACGUCCCACUGCCCCCCUCCUUCUCUCCCUGUUAUUCUCUCACUCCUCUUUUCCGGUCUGUGCAUCCUCCUCCUCCUCCACCUUUUCACUUGGUUGUUGUCUUCACGUCUUUCUCUUGUUCCUUCUCUUCCUCUCCUCCUCUGCACCAUUCAGUCCAGCUCCUCUGCCAUGGGAUUCCAGUUCCACACACAUUUACAUAUAUAAAGACAUGGUUUACUGACACAUAGAUGGGUAAACCUGAAGAAAUACUUUUUUAACGUUUCCUUUUAUAGCUUCUAUAUUAUCAAUCAAGUCUCAUCUACCACAUCUGAAACCAACCAAGCCUGUAUAGUCUAACCUCCACUGACAUUGACUUAUCUACAGUCUCUGCAUCUCUCCCCCUGCAUCACUCCUGCAUGGUUUAAUGAUCUAGGACUAUUUUAAUUGAACUAAAAUGUGAAUGAGUAAAAUAUUUCCCUCGAUGGCUUGGUCUCUUCCGGGGGAGGAGAUGGUUAGUGAAAGAAAUGAUGUAAUGUAUGACGCGACCCGCUACUGAUCACUAUUAGCGGUGUGUGUGUGUGUGUGUGUGUGUGUGUGUGUGUGUGUGUGUGUGUGUGGUCCAGUUGUUCGACCUGGUCUAGAACAGGUAUCCACUGUCUCUACCCAAAGCUUUCCCCCCUGGUCCUUAUGGUAAAGCUCUGAUACUAGGCAGAGAUGGAAUCCCACAGUACACCUCAGAGUGGCAACACUAGUGUAGUAGAGAGACAAGAGACCUGGAAUUCCCCUGAAACGCCUCUACCUACUUGUCUUUCUCCCUAUAUGACGUCACAGGAAAGGCUCUGGGUGUUUUCCUGCCAGUACAGUGUCACUGUGCAGGGAAGGGAUUUCUUUAACUAAGUUAAUGACACUUAAGAAAACAAAACACGUUUUCCUUUAGAUCAUCAGUUUCAUUGCACCAACUUCCUCCUCUUCCCCCCGACCAUAUCAAUAGAAUCUGUCUGUCCUGACCAGCAUUUUCUUUGUCGUCGUUUGUUGCCUUAUUGUUAUGGUUAAUAUUAUUACUGUUUAAUCUUUACUUUGCUGCGCUUGCGCUACAUACUGCUGUCAAAUAAACAAACUUUUACAA